AUGGGAUACGGAGAAAAUACAAAAGGAUACAGAAUAUAUUUUCCAGAAAGAAACAUAGUAGACACCAAGAGAGAUGUUGUAUUUAUAAAACAGUCUAUAGAAAACAAAGAAAGAAACAGAAGACAAGAAAAGGAAUAUCACAUAGGUUCUGAAAGUCAAGAAGAGACAGAACAAGUAUCAGAAGAAGAAGAAAGCCAGUAUGAAGACACAGAGAACCUUGAAACUAUAGAAAGUGAAAAUGAACAGGACUCCCCAUCCAUUCAUUUCAUGAGCAGUCAAUAUUAA